UUCAUUUGCUUCACCAAACACACUUCAUUUCGCCAAUGGAUUCCGUUUCAUUUGGCAGCGAAUGUGAGUUCAAUCGUGAUUUAUACAAGGCUGCAAUCAAGGGUGAUAUCCAACCCUUCACGGAUGACAAUCAACAUCUCGAUCUCAUAUUAACACCGAUUAAGAAUACAAUCUUGCAUGUUCACCUGUCAUCCGAAACCCGAAAAUCAACAUUGUUCGUGAGAGAAAUGCUUGAAAAAUGUCCAUCACUUCUACGACAAGUUAAUGCCAAUGGGGAUACACCCCUACAUGUUGCGGCAAGACAUGGGUGCUUUCCUAUAGUGAAAGUUCUUAUUCAAUACGCAAAAACUCAACCUCAAGAUCCAGAAAGUGGGUUAGAAUACAAGCAGCUGAUGAUCAGGAAGAGCAAUAACGAGGGAAACUCAGCCUUGCACGAGGCAGUGGUGAGUGAUUACGUCCGUGUAGUGGAAAUUUUAACCAAAGAAGAUCCUGAGUUUUCACAUUUUGCUAAUAAUUUGGGGGAAACUCCACUUUUCAUUGCUGCCGAGAGAGGAUGUCUCCUAUCAUUGCGUGAAAUAUUAAAAAGAUGCAAGUCAGCCGCCCACGAAGGCCCCCAUGGAAUGACUGCUUUGCAUGUGGCUGUCAAGAACAACCAUCUAGGUAUUACAAGGGAAUUGCUAAAGAACAAAGAGAGUUUGACCAGAAACAGAAAUCAAAAUGGGUGGACUCCACUUCAUUUCGCUGCAUACUAUGGUAGUUUUUCCAUUACAAAACUACUUUUAGAAUCUGAUAUAUUUGCUGCAUACGUUGCUGAUAAAGAUAGAAAGAUGACACCUCUUCAUAUGUCAGUCAGCAUUGCAAAUUCGUCUCCUAAGUAUACCCUGCCGUUGAAAAAAAAAUAUAUGCAUAUGCAGAUAAUAGAAGAAAUUAUUUCCCAGUGUCCGGAUUGUUGUCAAAUGGUUGACGACCGUGGAUGGAAUGUUCUUCACUUUGCCAUGACUAAGUUAACUGUUCUACAAUUGAAUAGUUUGCUAGAAAAUCCAAUCAUACGAGAUCUUAUUACUAAGAAGGAUGCAAAAGGAAACACUCCUCUCCAUGUGCUUGCUGCUUGCCGUCCAGGGGCAUACCCUCACAUAAAAGAAAAACUUAAAGCCUCAAGAUAUCAUUCUGCUGUUAACAAGCAAAAUGACAGUAUCCAUGACAUACUGGUUGACGGCUCUCCUCAGCUGCAGGAAGAGAUCCAAGAAUUGUCAAAUUCUGAUGGUACUGGACCAUAUCGACGAGGUAUUAUUAGUAAAAGUCCAUUCUGGAUAUUUCAUAGACUCCCCAGAUAUGAGAAAACAAAAGAUUCUGAAUUGGUGGUUGUUACACUCAUAGCAACAGUAACUUUCACAGCAGCUUUAACAAUGCCCGGUGGCUACCAAAGUGAAAAAGGCCCUCGUCAGGGCACGGCAUUCCUAAGUAGAAAAGCAGCUUUUCAAGCUUUUGUUAUAACAGAUGCUACAGCCUUCGUCCUCUCCCUCGCCGCUGUCUUUCUCCACUUCUUUGCAUCAUGGAACUUGUCCAGAUUUUGGUUUUAUCGUGCACAUACUCGUUUUCUCAUCUCGUCAGCCAUAGUGGCAAUGGUGGUUGCUUUUUCUUCAGGCACAUAUGCAGUGUUAUCACCUUCUUUGGGGUUUGCCAUUGCCACUUGUUUAAUCGGCUUGAGCUUCUUCCUCGUGAUUCUUCGUAUAGGAUAUGUAUUUGAGAAAAGAAGAAGAAGAAGUAUGAACGAACGAUCAGGAGCUUAGCCAAUAAGUUUCUUUACCCGGGCUUAUUUUCUGUUUUUUUGUUUUUUUUCAGUGACAUAAAAACUUCUUGAUUAACACCUUUUUUUAAGCAAAUCGUCACAAUGUGAGAGAAUUUUUUAACUAAAAAAAUAUAUGCAUCUAGUCAUAGCGACAUCUUGAACCUUAUUCCUUAAAUUGCAUUUGUUAUACAAAUAUAUAUUUAAAUUAAUUGAAAUUU